AUGGAGGGGUGUGACUAUGAAGUGUUCUUAAGUUUCAGAGGACCCGACACGCGCACCAGCAUCACCGAUCACCUCUACACCCGUCUCACAGAAGCGGGGGUCCGGACAUUUAGAGAUGACGAAGAGCUCCGCAUCGGGGAAGAGAUCGGCCCAGAUCUCAUAAGAGCCAUUGAGCAGUCGAAGAUCUCCAUACCCAUAUUCUCUAAAAAUUAUGCUUCAGAAAUCAAGGGACAGAAAAUCAUGCCCAUUUUCUACUAUAUUGAACCAUCUGAGGUUCGAUACCAAACCGGUGGUUAUGGUGACGCCUUUCAUUCACAUGAAAAGAAGAAGCGGGUGGAUGAGGAGACCAUCCCCGAGUGGAAAGCUGCUCUCAAUGAGGUUGGCGCGUUAAAGGGGUGGAACAUAGAGAACGUGGCUAACGGGCACGAAGGACAACUAGUUAAACAGGUUGUUACCAACGUUUUAAGUGAGCUGAAGAAGGCUUAUUUGGCGGUUAGUGACUUCUUGGUUGGCGUUGACUACACAGUGAAAGAAAUUACGGGGAUUAUAGACACUGCCACUGAUGAUGUAAAGAUCGUGGGAAUCCAUGGUAUGGCUGGCAUUGGAAAGACAACUCUUGCCAAAGUAGUCUACAACCAGUUUUCUCGGGACUUUGCUUACUGUUGUUUCCUUCCUGAUGUUAGAGAUACUUCAAACUCAAAAGGAAUUGCGUAUUUGCAGAACCGACUAAUUUCAGAUCUCUCAAAACAGACAUUUUCCAGUAUUGAUAGCAAGGAUGAGGGAAUGAAGGCGAUCAAAGAGAGAUUUUCUAGUAAGAAAGUCCUUGUUCUUUUUGACGAUAUUGAUGACGAGAGUCAACUAACUGCACUUUUGGGGGGGCAAGUUUGCUUUGGUUCUGGAAGCUUGAUACUUAUAACCACAAGAAAUGAAAGGGUUCUCCGUGCAUUCCAAGUGAAGUUGAUUUAUCAUAUUGGUGUAUUGGAUUCGAUAGUUCCCUUCAGCUAUUUAGCAAGCAUGCUUUCGGAAGAGAUCACCCUCCAUAUGAAAAGUUAA